UUUCAGUUUACACUCCAAGAGUGUCCCUGAUACUUUAAUAUUCUCUUAUUCUGUAUUUGUGUGCUUGUUAAUAACAAAAAGCACCCGGAUAAGAAGAUUGAAAAGUGUCGAACGUUCAUUCCGUGAAGAUGAAAAAAGCGGCAGAUCGGCCGACUUCGGCGGUGAAUGGUAGGCAUGAAUCGCCCGCUACGUCCACAAAUAACACACAAAAUAGUGGAACGCCCAGUUUGAAUGGACAAGAUCCACUGAGAUCAACGUCAUCAUCACCUCUAUUUGGCACAGAACCACUACCAGAAGAUGAUCAUGCUUCAUGUCCAUACUGUCAACAAGAUUUCCGUAAACCGCGAGUUCUUGAUUGUCUUCAUUCAAUGUGCGAAGAUUGUAUUAUUGCUCAACUUGAUGGACACCUUCAAGCAAAGUCAGCUGCCAUUGAAGAGAAGAAACGAGCGACUGCAGCAAUGUUGGAUUGUGAAUUGGAAACACCGAAAGUUAAAGAACGACCAACACCUCCUGGCGUAAUCCGAUGUCCAAUUUGUUCACAAGAAUCGCAUGUUGGAAAUGAUGUUCGAUAUGUUCAUGCCAUGCUCCUGGAUUUUGUUCGUCUUGCCGAAAUGAAGGAAGUUGAAGUUGAGAAAAUGGUUGCCCACCAUCGCAAACCAUGUACUGCCUGCAAAUCCGAACAAGAAGCCAUCGCAUUCUGUGAUCAAUGCUCUUCAGAUUUAUGCGAAAACUGCACAACUGCUCAUACUGUCAUGAACCUUUUCCAAGGUCACACUGUAACCACAUUUGCUGAUCUUCGGCAGCCUGGAGCCCAUCCAGAACUUCGUCAAGUCAUGUGCUCCACUCAUAAUCAGCAUAUGAGAUAUUUGUGUGCAGCAUGUGAAACAGCGGCUUGUAAGCAAUGCCUGGAAGUUGAUCAUUUGAAUCAUAAAAUCAUUGAUAUCAACGAGCUUGUGAUCAAUGCUAUAAGGGAAGAUGUGACAAGUACUGUGGAUCGUGUCGAAAAGAAAUAUAACAAUUCUGUGGCUGAUAUGAAUAGCCUUCCAGACAAGUCUCAACAGUUGAAUGAACAGUAUGAGAUUGCGAAGUAUCGAGUUGAUAAACAUUAUGAGGAGUUACGCAAUUCUAUUGAGGAGGCCUAUCAAAAAAGCGUGAACGAUCUCGAAGAGGCGCGAAUCCGUCAAGAGUCUAACAUUGAUGAAAUGUACCGUAAAUCACAAGUUAACGAAGCACGAGUACAUGAUGCCAUCAACUUCACUCGCCGACUUCUUACCAAAGGAAAUGGUCUCGAGUUGGUUGUUUCGAGGAAAAAAGUUAUUCAACAAUUUGGAAACUUGUCUCAUGCUAUUCCAUCUCAUGGACACCAAGUGGAACUUGAGUUUUAUACUCCAUCGAAAAAACAAAUUGAUCAUUUUGUGCAUCAACUAACUGGAACAGUUAUCGGACGAGUGAUUCAGCCAACUGUUAAAGACGUUGGAAAUGCAACUGCAGCAUCAACUGAUAGAAGUGAAAGAGGAGGUUCUCAACCAGGAGGUGGAAGAUCUAGCUCAGCAGCUAAUCCAUCACAACAAGAUGAAUGGGGACGCCCUGUUUAUUCACAAAAUCCACAACUCGGUGCAAUUGGUGGAGAACGUAAGAAGAACACACAGAAUGGAACCAAUGGUACUCGUGGAGACAGCAAUGCAUUCGGCGGAUGGCCACCAAGCAGUCAUCCACCAGAAUCGACAACUCCCCCACCUGUUACUGGACCUCAAACUAUGAUAACUGGAGCUCCGACUCAGACAGCUGCUCCAAUUGUUUCUCAACAGCAACUUUCGAAUCUUCCUAAUGCAGCUGCGAUGGCUGCUGCGGCUGCUGGUAUGCGUCCUGAUCUGGUUGCCUUGGCUGCAAAUCACAUGGAUUUGGCAGCACUUACGAAUGGAUCAACAAAUGGAUCACAAACUCCAUUGCCAGAGUCUAUUUUCCCAGCGAUGUGGAAUGCUCGUCAAGGGCUUCCAGCAGUGGCUACACCAACAACUACUGGUCUGUCAACUAAUGCUUCAGCCGCCUAUAUGCAGCAGAAGUUAGCAGCGGCUCAACUACAAGCACUUGCCAGCCAUCGAUUGAAUCCACAAAUAAUGUCAAUGAACAACCUGCGCACCAAUCAAACAAUUCAAGAGUUUUUGGCGAUGAAUGCAAUGGGAAAUUUGAGUUUGAAUCCUCAACUCACAUCAGCUGCAGCUGCAGCACUAGCAGCUACUGCUGCCGCAAAUUCGGCUGUAACCACUACUGCUUCGGAUGUCGGUCAAUCGCAGAAUUCAGCGAACGCACAACGAGUCAGCGAUCUGAAGGUGCACAGUGUGUUCGGAACAUCUCAACAAGGAAGCACUAUUCGAGAGUUGCAUUGUCCAUCUGGAUUCUGUUUGUCUGACACUGAUGAUAUUCUGAUUGCUGAUACCAAUAAUCAUCGAGUUGUCGUAUGUGGUCCACCUCAUCCAUGGAAGAUUGGACGUCCAGGAACGGAUGACGGACAAUUGUGCUUCCCAAGAAAAGUGAUUGCACUGAGAGGAGAAGCUGUCCGUUAUGUGGUACUCGAUAAAGGCGGUGACGGGAAAACUCGUGCUCAGAUCUUCGAAGCUCGUGGUGAAUUCGUCAAACGUCUCAACAUGAUGGCUUUGGUUCCACGUGGCGGAAUAGAAGUAUCCGCUGCUGCCGCAACCCCGAAUGGACAACUUUUACUUGUUGAUACUGCUGGAUUUGUGUAUUCUAUUGAUGUAGAUGCACCACGAGUCACAUUCUGGUUCGAUGCUUCCACUCAACUCGGAGAAGCUUCUGAUGUUGCCAUGUUUGAUAACCUGAUUUAUAUAACGGAUUUCAAGCAUCAUUGUGUCCAAGUUUACACUUCUGAAGGAAAAUUCAUCCGAAAAAUGGGAGAACCAUCACAGACCCCAUAUCCAAUUGGAAUAGACGUCUCGAAGGCAGGAGAGGUUCUUGUAGCUGAUACUCAUGGAAAUCAUCUGCACGUUGUUGUAUUCUCACCCGAAGGACAACAUAUUCAUUCAUUUACUCACAACGAGUUUAGACUUUCUCGGUGCGUUGGUCUCCGAAUCGCUAAAAGUGGUCACAUUGUGACGUUGUGUAAGCAUAACCACACUCUAUUCGUCUUCAAACCAUUGAUUCUUCCAAAUGGACUUCCUGUUCCAACUCCAGUUCCUCAUGCAACUUCGCUCAUCAGCAAGUUUCAGUGAGGAGGUUACCCCAAUUCCUAUAUAAGCUUUUUUUCUUGUACAUUUCUUUUUUCUCAUUUCUAGCCGUCUUCUUUUUUUUCCUUCUCCCUUUGCUUAUCCGCCUUUUUGUUGUCCCCGGUGUUGUUCCAUUAUUUUAAGUUCCUAAGUUUCUUUCCCCUCCCCAUAUCUCUUAAUUCUUUCGUUUUGAGACCUCAUUUGCCACCCCUCCUCUCCCUCAAGCUUUUUAAUACAAAAACGUCUCUUUUUUAUUUUGCUCAAAUUCUUUCCAAAGAUUUUAAGUUUUUUCUUCUUAUUUCCCAUUUAUCCAGUUUAUACCAUUUUAUUCGUUAAAAUGUAAAUACCGUUAGCGUUUUUUUUUUCAAAUUUACCCCUGUCAACUUUUCAACCCGCCCCCGCCUUUCCGUUUCAAAAAUGUUCUUGUUUUUUCUUUCUUAUAAGCCUCAUCUUAGGACUGCAUCGUUUUGUAUCUAUUUUAAGUGAAAUUUGAAUUUCAGCUCGCCCAAAAAAAAUCAAAAAAUUCCAAAAAAAAUAUAGGGCUCCCUACACACUCUUACUCACUUCCGUUCAUUUUUCUCGUAUAUUGUUAUCCUUGUUAUAAUUUCAGCGUUUUCAAACGGGAGAUCAACUUUUAAAAAACUCUGAAACUAUAAAGUUUAUAUUUUGAACUACAACAAAACCUCGUCAUCGUUGUCCCAAAUUCUAUUCUAAAAAGCGUCCCUGUGCAGCAACCAUUUCUUUUCUUUCUCCAAAUAUUCUCGCAUUCAGCCAAAUUUUAUCAGAUUUUUAUACUAUUUUACGAAAAUGCUCAAUUUCCCCCAAAUUCCCGGCUUUUUUUUCUAUGUUUCCUCAUUUCUAGCGAUUCUAGAGGUCAGUCAUAUAUACUCUAUACGUUGAGUUAAACGCUCUUCAUUGAAAUUCUAGUGCAUUUUUCAAUUGAGAUCGCUUAACUUUUUCCUAUACAUACAGUGUAAUUCUCCCCCCUAGUCCCGUCGCUUUCAAAUGUUUCUUAUAUAUCCCAGUAGGUACCACAAAAAGCUCUUCUAAAAGCACAUUUCGUUACUCAAUUUCUUCAUAUUCCCAUUUUUGAAAUCGUUUUUAUUCGUUUUGUACAUUUCUUUUUAUUCUCAUCUAUCGAAUCGAACCUCAUCUUUAAUCCUGUUUCGUGAUGAUUAUAGACACAAUUAUCUACUCUCUUCCAUCAUUUUUUAUAAAAGCCCCGUACCUUUCCCACUGAAAUUUCAAAUUUGCCGCUCAAAACCAUCAUUUUCUUCUUUUUUGUGAAAUUUUUAUUGGAGCGAAUUCUUAUUCUCACUUUUUUGUGCUAACCACUUUGAUUUUUCCCCCAUUUUUAUUGAGUCCAUUUCCGUGGCGAAUCCAAAGCGCUUUCUAGUACACAUUCUCAAUGUUUUCUACAAGGCUAUUUCUCAGAAUUUUAUUAUAAUUACCAUCUUUUUCAAAAUUUUAACUUUGAUGAAAAUAAAGUGUUAAUCAAAAAAA